AUGAUCCUGUCGAAUUUCAGAAUGUCGGAGGGCUACUACCCUCAGUACGCCCCCUACGAACCAGCCGACCCGUUCGGGUACUUCCGGCACUUCAACCCUUACGCCUCCAAAGCCGAAAUGUCCGAAGACCACCUGGAAGCUUCGCCUGCUCCUCCAGCUUCACCCAACAGCACCCAGAGCGACAGCGAAAACUCCGUCUGCAGCGUGGAGAUUCCCCGCAAAGAGCUGCGCUUGGCCGAUCUCCGGCCGAUCGAGGCCGCCCAGCAGGUGCAGUGCAGGUGGAGGUCCUGCAGCGUGGUGUUCACCACCUUAGAUCAGCUAGCCGCCCACGUGUCCAAGGUGCAUUCCUCCAGCGGUUUGGGCGGUUUGUUCUACUGCGGCUGGGAGGGUUGCACCAGAAACGACAAAGGAUUCAACGCCAGGUACAAAAUGCUGGUGCACGUCCGCACGCACACCAACGAGAAACCCCACAAGUGCCUCCAAUGCGAGAAAUCCUUCUCCAGAGCGGAGAACCUGAAGAUCCACUCGAGAUCGCACAGCGGCGAGAAGCCUUACGUGUGCCCUGUGGCAGGCUGCGGCAAGGCUUACUCGAAUUCGAGCGAUCGCUUCAAGCACACCAGGACGCACCAGGUGGACAAACCUUAUCAGUGCAAGGUGCCCGGCUGUCCCAAGCGGUACACGGACCCCAGCAGCCUGAGGAAGCAUGUGAAAACUUACAAGCACUUCGUCGGGGAGGGUCGCAAGGUCGAGCUGGAGGCUUCGUUGAGGGAGAAUGUCAUCAGGCAUCCGUGCGAUUGCAGCAGAAUGUGCUGCGUGAGCAGCCGGUCGGAGUUGUUCAAGAUCGGAAAUUUGAUCGAUAUCAAAGAGAUGGAGAGCGAGAAGAGCACGUGGGGGAGUUUCGCCGAUCCCAUCGUGUUGGAGAGGAGUAAGAUUUACAAGCCCUAUGAAGAUGCUAUGCAAGUCGAUGGUCCGUUGGACUUGAGUUUGCAUAGAAGAGACUUUUAA